GGGUACUGAACGAACCAACGGAAGGCGACAGACAUGGAAACAAUCCAGCAAUACGUGGACCAAGAAAUAAUAGAGAAAUUCUAUCAACAUGACAAAAAUCCAAACCAUCACCAGGAACUCGAUUGAUUUCUUCGCUCCGAAGGAAAUGGACUUGUUAUUAGAGUUACUUUAGUUUCUCCCCUCCCCGAAUUGUAGUCACGAAGAUACAGACAUGGAGGAUCCCCUUCUUUCAGAAAAUCGAAGCGAAUUGGGAGAGAAAGGGAGUGAUCAGUUGAGUUCUUAUCAGUACUUGAGAAGAACAGGCUCCGCGAACCCCACCGAUUCAUCUGCAGGGACCCAAGUCAGCGUCGAAGAAAUUCGAUCGGCGCCCUAUGUUUCUGAUUAUUACCCACCUUCUCUUCACGGCGCAUUGGUUAGUUCGCCAGAGCCUGAUCCUAGAGAUCAAGCUCUUUCUUAUCAAGGUGGAUAUGGAGGACAGUAUGGUCCAACCAGUAAUGAUUUUGGAAGACAAGUAUUGGAUGAAGUAGAGAUAAGAGAACUGCUUAUUGAUCAUGUCGGUCAUCGUUGUUGUUGGGGAAGUCGUCCUGCUCGUAGUUGGAAGAUUAUUGCAGUGGAAGACUGUAAUGUUUAUGUGGGAACUCUGGAUACUUUUAUAGAGGAAAGGGAUGUUAUAAGAGAAACCGAGGCAUAUAGAGGUGGCACGAUUGAUGGAAGAAAUAAUGGUCCUGAACUUGGAGUCUGGGAAUUGGACUUGAAAUCUGAGUUCCCACUUCUUUUUGUACAUAAUAAAGAAUCAAGGAAAACGAUUCCUCAUUCAGAAACCGUUGAGAAGUGUUCAGCCUGUGCGGGACGAGGAGGUCUUGUAUGUCCGACGUGUAAUGCAGAUCAAGAACCUGGAGUUUAUAUUGAAAAUCAGAUGGCAGAAUGCCCUUCUUGUCGCGGUCGGGGUUUGGUUGCUCAUAGAGAUGGAUCUGACACCAUAUGUGCAAAAUGUGAUGGCAAGGGGAAAAUCCCCUGUGCAACUUGUGGAUCUCGUGGCCUAACUAAGUGCGACACGUGCCAACAAAGUGGUUCUCUUCUGACUCGGAGUAUUGCCGUUGUUAGAUGGAGGACACUUUCGACUCGAAAAGUAAGCGCCAUGAGCGGAGCAGCAUCUGUACCGGACGAAGUGUUCCACAGAGCCAAAGGGGUCCAGUUAUGCAACACUCAGGCCUAUCAAUGCGCCCCAGCUUUCUUUGCAGAUUCCUUCUUCCUCAACAAGUUCUCUUCCGAAGUCAUCGCAGAUCGAACGCCCAUCUCCCCCACUGCACGGGUCAUAUGCGAGCGACAUAUCAUCUCGGUCGUACCGGUGACCCGUGUCACGAUGGGAGACCGUGGAAGGUCCUUCAGUUUCUACAUUGUGGGUUUCAGCAGGGAAGUUUACUUGAAGGACUACUACCCCUCAAGGUUCUGUUGGGGGUUCUGUCCUUGCUUGGAGUGGCUGAAGUUGUAAAUAAAACCACAACCACAAGCAUAUASCACAUGGCUGCCAGUUCUUAGUGUGUGUUGUGACUCUGAAACUCAUGUGGGCUUCUUUCUUGUGUAAUUUUUAUUUUACUUUGGCAAUGGCUUCCCUUCUGCCAUGGGUUAUCUUUGUGACCAAGCCUCCUUUCUUUUGCUUUGUGCUUUUUCCGAGUGAGACCCUCUCUAUUUUGCUUUGCUUGAAAGUUUUGGCUCCAAAUGACAAAUAUAUCACAUUCGCUUCUCUUUCAA